AUGGACGGGCCGCUAAGCUUCAUAGUCUUGAUCUUUGGGGCUUUCGGGGUUCUCGUCGCCAUCAACCUCCUCCGUCAGGCACUUCCACAAAACAGAAAAGAACCGCCUACUGUAUUCCACAUUGUCCCUCUUCUCGGAAAUGCGGUGUCGUACGGGAUGGAUCCGCCCGCCUUUUUUGCUAGGUGCCGAGCCAAGUACGGGGAUGUCUUUACAUUUAUCCUUCUCGGCAAAAAGAUCACAUGUUAUUUCGGUAUUGACGGAAACGAUUUUAUUCUCAACGGCAAACAGGAGGAUCUCAAUGCCGAGGAAAUCUAUUCCCCGUUGACAACGCCAGUUUUCGGCUCCGACGUCGUAUACGAUUGCCCAAAUUCGAAACUCAUGGAGCAAAAAAAGUUUGUCAAAUUCGGCUUGACGCAAAGAGCCCUUGAGUGUCACGUUCCGCUUAUUGAGCAAGAGGUGGUUAACUAUAUUGGAACCGAGCCGUCAUUUCAGGGACAGUCUGGUACUAUCGAUGUCUCUAAAUGUUUGGCAGAAAUCACGAUUUUCACUGCGUCUCGAGCUCUCCAAGGACAGGAAGUCCGUGACAAGUUGACUGCCGAAUUUGCUACAUUAUACCAUGACCUUGAUAUGGGGUUCCAGCCAAUCAACUUCUUAAUGCCAUGGGCGCCACUUCCACAGAAUCGCAAGAGGGACGCCGCACAUGCCACGAUGAGGGCCAUAUACAUGGAUAUCAUAGAGAGUCGCCGAAGAAGCGGAUUAAAAGAGGGAUCCGACAUGAUAUGGAACCUGAUGAACUGUACUUACAAGAAUGGCACACCAGUUCCCGACAAGGAAAUAGCACAUAUGAUGAUCACACUGCUGAUGGCUGGGCAGCAUACCUCAUCUUCGGCUAGCUCGUGGACAAUUCUCAGGCUGGCGUCACGCCCAGAUAUAGCGGAGCAACUAUAUGAAGAGCAAUUGUCAAACCUCGGCCGCGGUGGGAGGCUCGCGCCGCUCCAGUACUCUGAUCUAAAUGAGCUGCCACUGCUGCGCAACGUGGUCAGGGAAACAUUGCGAGUCCACUCGUCAAUUCACUCUGACAUGCGAAAAGUCAAGCGGCCGAUCGAAGUUCCCGGAACCGGCUAUGUCAUUACACCAGACAAAGUCCUUCUCGCAUCACCCCUGGUAACCGCACUGAGCGACGAAUUCUUCCCCAAUGCUACAGAGUGGGACCCUCAUCGAUGGGAACAUCGAGAAAUGGACGAGAAUGCCAAGACUGAUAUGGAAGAGCCGUUUAUAUCCAGAGGAACCAGGAGCCCAUAUUUACCAUUCGGCGCUGGUCGACACCGGUGCAUUGGUGAGAAGUUUGCAUAUGUGAACCUCAGCGUCAUCGUAGCCACCAUGGUGCGUUCCUUUCGAUUCUACUUGUCGGACGAAGGCAAGGCUGUUCCCAAGACGGACUAUUCAUCUUUGUUCUCUCGACCAAUGCAGCCAGCUUUAGUUUGCUGGGAACGCCGACGUCAAGUAGUGGAUGGAUGGCCUUCGUUGUAA